GAAAUCAAUUUAACUCUAACCUAUUCGAAGAAAUUUUUCCGAAAUUUUUAUCUGGAAACAGAUAGUAUCUCGGCUCUUAUUUACAAUAGUAGACAGAAUAUGCAUCUAAAGUUUAAGCGAAAGCUCGGUGAUGCUAAUGGUAAAAGAAAUAUAAGUGUAGCUUUUAUGUAUGUGCAUCAAAAGACUUGUUCGACAUCCAUCUUGUGCUUUUAAAUAUCAACUUCAACGUAGGUAAAAGUGCUGUGUAUUGAAAUGACUUUUAUUCUUUUGAGCAAAGCGUAAACCCAAUAAAUGAGUGCUCCUGAAGAUUUAUUAAACGGUCAGGAUCCUGAUUAUGUAUCGGCAACCUCCAAUGACUCAGCUCAGCAGAAGAUUUAUGAAGAAAAUGCAAGAAACACUACUGCAAAAAAGAUAACUGCAAUCAUAGAAAAGGAAUUUUCACUGGAAAUUGAUUUGAAGGAAAAGGAAAUUUUGCAGAUACAGGACAGAUUACACAAAGCUCUGAAGAUUUUUCAUCUGUUGCGUUACAUUAUAAUUACUAAUUUUUACAAUCGCAAGCAGUGUCAAAUUUCCCAAGCUGUGGAAACAAAACAGACGAGAAUUCAUCCUGCAAUUAAAACAUUACUUGGAAAGAGUCCUAAAUUCGUUGAUUACACAGAUCUUGCAGUACCAUCAACGUCUACCGAUCCCCGAUUUUUAUAUGAUGACAAAUCUUUCACGUCGGACGCAAGUACCGCGCUUAAUAACAUACUUAAAAUCGAAGAAGAUGCAAACAAAAGUAAUAAUGAGUUACAAAGUAAAAAGCGAAAAAUGCUGGCUGAAGAGUUUCAACCUCGCAAGAUACCUCGUUACGUUCCACCAAAGAGCAGCUUGCCUGAGAAGAGUCCGUCUCGCGGAAAUAGUCAUAAGGUCCGCAAACGCAUUGUCGUUGGCAAUAUUUCCAAGUGGAUCCCGCCAGAUUGGCGAGAGGAUGCGUCUAGUCACAAGUGGACGAUGUAUGUGCGUGGCGACAAAGACGAGAAAGCUAACAUCAGCACUUUCGUCAGCAAGGUGAGGUUUUUCCUGCAUCCCAGCUAUCAUCCAAAUGACAUCGUUGAGGUCACAUCGUAUCCGUUUCAUUUGUCCAGACGAGGAUGGGGCGAAUUUCCUCUUAGAGUACAAUUGCACUUCAAGAAUACCUUAAAUAAGCCCAUGGAUAUAAUUCAUCAUCUGAAAUUGGAUCGUACUUAUACAGGACUGCAAACUUUGGGUUCUGAGACUUUGGUCGACGUGUGGAUUCAUACGGCUGAAUCCCAUAAUUCCGAGCAGAAUAAUAAUCGUAAAUCUUCAAUUAAUGAUACCUUCGUAAAAAUAGAAUUAAAUGAUAGUUCUGAAUCUAUUGAUAAACAAUCAGAGAAAUUUAGGGACAUGUCACGACUUAACAUUUUCAACGAAAUUCAAGUAAAAAAAGAAAUAUCUGAUUCGGAAGUACAUGAACGAUAUAAUUCACCAUUGGAUUUCAUGUUAAUGAAAAAUUCAGAAAGAAUAAAAACUAAAUCUAACGACACACUAAACACUUACAUAUCUAAUGAUAAACAUAAAGAAGCAAUAUGUCAUAUUAAACAUGAUCAUAAUUAUUUUUGCAAACAGUAUUUCAAUUCUCGUCAUUUUACAGUAAGAGAAGGAAACAUGACCGUGGAACACUUUCCGGAAAAUGACAACAAAACAUCGAUUAAUUCAACAGUUGAAAAUAACAAAAGGACAACAUCUGAUAUAAUGGUUUCCACGCAUAGAAUUAAUGGUGAUAUUCAGUCUUCCAGUAAUUACCAAUCUUUGGCAUCUUCAAAUAUAAUUAUAAAUGAUUCACAAGUAACGUCAAUAAAUGCAGCAUUCCAAGAGAACAAUAAUCGAAAAGAUCUAUUAUCCGAUACGGAUAAAUCUUUACAAAAUUCGAAAAGUGAUACUUUCAAAAUUUUAGGAACUUCUUCGACUAAUGAUACAGUGACGGCUAUUAAUGGUUUUCGCAAAUCGUUCAGUAAUUCACUCGAUUGUUUCAAUAAUUUACAGAAAACUGCAAAUUCUUCGGAAACCUGCAAUUUGCAUUUAAAACCUCUGCAAAUCUCCAUACCACCGAACAUAAUCGCAUCAAGCAGUAAGCAUAUACUUCUAUUAAAGGAUGAAAAAUCGGUACCGGUGGAUUUCAAAAAUAUUCCAUCAAAAUCUAGAGAAAACUUGAGGAUGUUUGUCGAUAGUGUGAAAGUUUCUGUUCCGAGCGUCGCAAAACUAAAUGUUCCUGUUUCUCAGGGCGUUAGCAUUCUAAAGAAGCUGCCUAAUAUUAAGGCAAAUGCACAACAGAAAGAUACCGUUAACAAUAACAAAAAAAAGACAGCGCUACUCAAACUGAAAGACAGUAAUAGUCUGCUGCUGAACGUUAACGAGAACGUGCCGAUUCUGAAAAUAGUGGACUCGCAUGAUUCACAAUACAAUUACAGCAUCGCCGAGGCAAUAGGAGGCAUUCCGUCGGUUGGCAAGCAAGAGUUCGUAUCGUGCGCAAAAUCGGAGGAUAAGACCAUUGUACAGCGGACGAAGAUCACGCUGGGUAAAGACAAAUUCAAAAUCCAGAGCAAAAAGGAUCUAUAUGAAGCGGUUCUCCAGUCGAUUGAUACCGCGAAUAUUGCCGAUGUGGAGGCAUUGAUACGAUUUAUCAUACGUCGAUUGCCGAUUGUUACACAAGACGUUCGCGAUCCCGAUUAUAGACGGUUGCAUCCUUAUGCGUGUUACAGCAAAGAGGAAUACUUGUCGUACAACGUCGGAAAGCAACGAGCCAUAGAGUGGUACCGCGCAAAGAUAAUUAGAAGCUUUCUACAAAUGAAGCUGAUCUUAAGUGAUCAAUUGUGGAGCAUCAAGGAGAUUAUGCUAUGGGCGAGACUGCACGGCUAUACACCGAGCCAAAGUGUCUUCAGCGUUCAGGAAACAGCAGGAACAAGUGAUACGAAAAAACUACCCGAUACCAUGACAGCCACUAUGAUUGUAUCUACAUAUACAGAACCAAUUACGUUGCAAAAAUGGUUGCAAACUUGCCAGCAAGAGCCUAAUCGUCAGUCAGAUAAUUAUAUCAAUGAUGAAGAAAUUGAUGUUGAAAGUAUUAAAGAAUGUCCGCGCAGAAUUACAAUCGAUCGAAGAAAAAACGGUAAUAAGAAUAGCAAUUAUUCAACCGAUUCUACAUUAAUACCGAUUGAACUUGAUGAAAAUUUGCUACCGUUCCAUAAUUUCGUGUGCGACACUGCGCAAGAAAUUGGCAUUAAAAUCGAACCGGAGGAGAUUAUUCCUGGUGUUCUAUAUUGUGCAGCUAGUCGCGUAAUAAUGCAGGUUGUCGAAUGUUUCGUAGAAGAUCUCACUCGAUCGUCAUUGGCAAGAGCUUGGGAAAGAAAUAAUGGAAAUGAAUGUCCCAAACUUAUUACGCUGAACGAUGUCCGUAAUGCUCUUGCAAAUCGAGAAGAAUUCGACAUUUUUACGAAUGAAGGUUUGGGUUCGAGACAAGAAUUAAAUUCUGAGACAACAAACUUGUAACAACAUUCAAGCUAUCGUUAGCAAAUGAUCACUUAAUCAUACCGGACUCCAGAAUACAACUAAGUAAUCGGUGUCAUUCUUAAAUACAGUAAAAGAAAACACAGAUGCGGGUUUUCUACAUGGAAAAACUA